AUGGUGGAGUUCUGGUUAGGAUUUUUGACUGACUUUAAGAUUGUCAGCAUUUCUGAGCUCCGUAAAUCAGAAUUCUCUUAUGAGAGAGAAGAGGAUGAGCAGCCUUAUGAAGAACCACCUGGUGAGGCUGAUUAUGCGCAUGAGGAGGAACAUGUUGAGUCUGCUGUUGCAACAUUGCGAAGGGAGCGUGAAGAGAGGCGGAGGAAAUUGAAGAGAGAGCACCAGGAUGAAGGCUCAAUGCAACACCCUCAGCAGAUAAGGAAUGAUUAUGCACCUCCAAUCAAAGUUGGUAGAGGCCGGAUUAAAGAGGCACCUGAGGGUUGGUUGGAUUGUCCUGCAUUUGGUGAGCCAAUAGAUAAAAUCAUACCCUCCAAAGUUCCUCUUGAUGAAACAUUCAAUGAAUCAGUUCCUCCUGGCAAAAGAUAUUCUUCCAAACAAGUAGUAAACAAGCAAAGAAAAGCUGGCCGUGAAAUAGGGCUGGUGAUUGAUCUGACUAAUACUUCUCGAUAUUACUCACCAGCAGAGUGGACAAAGCAAGGUACUAAGCAUCUCAAGAUUCCUUGCAAGGGAAGAGAUGCUGUACCAGAUAAUGAAUCUGUUAACGCAUUUGUCUAUGAGGUGAUGAUGUAUCUUGAACGACAAAAGCAUACCAAGACUCCCAAGUAUAUUCUAGUUCACUGUACCCAUGGUCAUAAUCGUACAGGUUUCAUGAUUAUUCAUUACCUCAUGCGUACACGCAUCUCUUGUGUUGCUGAGGCAAUACGUAUUUUUGCUCAAAGGCGACCUCCUGGUAUAUAUAAGAGGGACUACAUUGAAGCAUUGUAUUCAUUUUAUCACGAGGUUCCUGAGAAUAUAAUUGUAACAUGCCCUUCAACACCAGAAUGGAAGAGGCCUUCUGAUCUUGAUCUAAAUGGUGAAGCUAAGCCAGAUGAUGAUGAUGACAACGGUGAUGUUUCACCAGUACAUAAUGAUGUAGAGGAGAAAGUCAUCACCAAUGAUGAUGUGCUGGGAGACGAUGUACCUUUUGAUCAGCAAGAGGCUCUGCGGAUCGUAUGCUAUCGUUUGCUUGAACUUCCCCCUGCGAGAGGGCAUGCACAAUUUCCAGGAUCACACCCAGUCUCUCUUGACAGUGAUAAUCUGCAGCUACUUAGACAGCGAUACUAUUAUGCUACUUGGAAAGCUGACGGAACCCGAUAUAUGAUGCUUAUAAUGAGGGAUGGUUGUUUCUUGAUUGAUCGGAAUUUUUGCUUUAGGAGAGUUCAGAUGCGCUUUCCCCAUAGGAACCUGAAUGAAGGUCCACAUGAUAUGACAUUGAUUGACGGGGAAAUGAUUAUAGAUACAGUACCUGAUUCAGGAUUGAAGAGGAGGUACUUAGCGUAUGAUCUGAUGGCACUUGAUUCAGUGUCCAAGACAAAGUUGCCUUUCUCUGAGAGGUGGAGAUUAAUUGAAGAUGAAAUAAUCCGGCCACGCCAUAACGAGAGAAAAAUGUUUGAGAGUGGUGCUAAGAGCAAUCCAAUGUACAAAUAUGAUAUGGAGCUAUUUUCGGUAUGUUUGUCUUCUUUCGGUGACUGUACUGGAAACUUGAAAGCUGAAAUUCCAGUGCAAGUUGAUGCAAUGCAUAGAUGCAUAAGGAAGAAAACAAGCUAUAAUGCCAAAGCCCCCGUGCGCCCCUUCAAAACCUGUGUUAGAUGUACCCACGUGGCCAUUGAGGUCUCCUCCUAUGAAGAGCUUCUCACCAAUCGGUACACUCCUAACCAUGUCUUCCAGGCCUUCCCAGAACUCCCUCUUGGUGUUCUCAUUGUGGCCUACUUGCGGGGCAUAUGCGCUGAUAACAUUGAGAACCAAGUCCUCAACUACCAGCUUGACCAGGAUAAUCCGGUCCCCACGUCUCUUGACGUCUACCACUCCAUACUUGAGGCUCUUGUUGAUCAAGAUGCCUACGCCAUUUCUGUUUGCAGCCGUCCCUGUGUACCACAGCUUGAAGCCGUUAUAGACUUGAAUAUUUGUAAUGACGCUCCUACUUAUGGCUGGGAUGAUCCUUAUGUAACUCGCACCCAUGAAGGUCUUCUUAAGUGGAAAUACCCUGAAAUGAAUUCAGUUGACUUUUUGUUUGAGGUUGGCAAUGAUAAUCGCCAGCUCGUUUUUCUUUACGAGAGAGGCAAAAAGAAACUCAUGGAUGGUUCUUGGAUGGUAUUUCCAAAUGGAGAAGAUCCAUCAUCUAUCUCUGGGAGGAUUGUUGAGUGCUCUUGGAAUAAGGAACAACAGUGUUGGGUCUGCAUGCGCGUUAGAUUCGAUAAAUCGACUCCUAAUGAUAUCAACACAUAUCGCAAGGUAAUGAGGAGCAUCACAGACAAUAUAACCGAAGACAAGCUUCUAGAAGAGAUCACUGAGAUAAUUUCCCUCCCGAUGUAUGCUGAUAGGAAGAAGGCUGAUGAAAGGAUGGCCCAUGCAAAGAUGGCACAACAUCGGCGGAGAGGGCAGAUGCCACCACAGUAG